ACCUUUCUGAGCGCAGGCGGCCGCCACCUGGCCCUCCAGUGCCGGUUGCUGGUUGAGCCAGAGAGCCAAGGGGUACCAUGGAUAUCAUCCCUAGAGUGGGCUUGGGUACCUGGAAGGCCUCUCCAGGAGAAGUAGCCAACGCGGUGAUGGAGGCUAUCAACUUGGGAUACCGGCAUUUCGACUGUGCUUACUUAUACCACAAUGAGAGUGAGGUUGGAAUGGGAAUCAAUUCCAAGAUCAAGGAGGGUGUGGUGAAAAGAGAGGAACUGUUUGUCGUCAGUAAGCUGUGGUGUACCUACCACAAGAAGUCUUUGGUGAAAACAGCAUGCACCAAUACCCUGAAGGCCUUAAACUUGGAUUACCUGGACCUCUACCUCAUACACUGGCCCAUGGGCUUCAAGCCUGGAGAAAAAGAUAUACCUUUGGAUUGCAAUGGCAUGGUUAUACCCAGUAACACCAGCUUUCUGGACACAUGGGAGGCCAUGGAGGACCUGGUGAUUGAGGGACUGGUGAAGCACCUUGGGGUGUCAAACUUUAACCAUGAACAGCUUGAGAAGCUUUUGAAUAAGCCUGGUUUGAGGUUCAAGCCAAUAACUAACCAGAUUGAAUGCCACCCAUAUCUUACUCAGAAGAAUCUGAUUGAUUUUUGCCAUAAGAGAAAUGUGUCUGUGACCGCUUACCGUCCUCUUGGUGGCUCAAGAGAUGGGGUUGACUUGUUGGAUGAUAUUGUCGUUCGGAAGAUCGCAAAGAAGCAUGCGAAGUCUUCUGCUCAGAUUUUGAUCCGAUUUCAGAUCCAAAGGAACGUGAUAGUGAUUCCCAAAUCUGUCACCCCAAGUCGGAUUAAGGAGAAUAUCCAGGUAUUUGAUUUUGAACUAACAGAAAAAGAUAUGGAGGAACUCCUCAGUCUCGAUAAGAACCUCCGGUUGGCCACACUCCCCUCAACUGAAAAUCACAAGGACUACCCUUUCCACAUAGAGUACUGAAGACAGCGUCGUCGCUCGCCCUUUUGUUCUCAGAUCACCAAAGUUGGCAGCAUGGAUCCACCUCUGCAGAGGCUGUGUGGGCUCAGCCAGCAAUGACAGCAGCAGAGUUAGAAGCAAGGAAAAUCCUGCCUAGAACAGAGGACCAGUUCUUGGAGAAACAUAAAAAUUUAGGGGUGAGAUAAGAAAGUGGCAUGCAGGCUGUAGGUGUUACUGAGUUGUUAGGGAUCGCCAAGCACACGUCAGUCCUUGUGGCUUCUAUCCUCUGAAAUGAGAUGCUGAUGACUCAUGAAUUAAAAUCUACAAGUCAGCUUCAACAGCAAUCAACCUAAGGCCAGUUGUGUUUUUCCUUCAUACGACUCUCUGGCCCCACCCCCAGAGUUUUCUAGAUUAUUUUCAAGCAAACUCUACCUGCACUUCAGAAAAGGAAAACCAUUAAGCUGAGGCUCUAUCUCAGACAAUUUUGUUUUUAAUAUUCUUAAUUAAAGAUUCCCAAGUGUGUCUGUGGGUGGAUGUGGAUGUAUGUAUGCCUCUUCACAUAUGUGUGCAGGUGAACAAACAUAGGUGUGCAUGUAUAUGGAGUGCUCGCUUCUCUCAUAGUCUACCUCCUAAAAAGAAGUGAAAGGAUCUCAUUGGUCUGAGUACAAAAGAGAGCUUUGUUGUACAAAAACAUUUGCUUUCUAUGUGAGAACCUCAAGUUAGGCUCUUCAGAGCAGUGUGGAUGAAAGAGAAGUUGGAUGUCCCGUUAGAGUGUCUACAGAGGCCUCCAAAUAUCACCCACCUGCACUUCACUAGGAAAACACUGACAUGGACUUUUUUUUUCAUACUCACAACUUCUUAUUACUUAUUAAUUUUACGACUUUAUGCAAGUUAGUUCCUAAACUGAACUUUUCUUGAGUAUCAACCUAAAGGCACGAUAAUGAAAUGUCACCAUAUACAUAAAGCACAUGAUCCCAUCAUUAGCAGUAAAAUCCUUUUUGUGGGCACACAUGAGCACGCCAGGAGGUUAUAUGGUCUUAUCUCCAAGAGUCUAAUCAUGGCCAAUCUAACCAUAACAUUUUGUAUAUCUCAGAUUACUUAUACAUAAACCACUGCCAAUUUGGAAAGCUUUUCUUAAUCGUGAUUCAUAUAAAGGUGAUUCUUUAACUUGUGGAUUGUAUGGAUUUGACGGGGGCAGAGAUUAGUCCUCUCUACCCAGCUGCAGUGGGGAUAAGGAUGGAAUCUCACAUUAGUAGUGGUCCAAAACUUGUUCCUUUCUGUGUAAUGAGAAUAUAAAAUCUCACCACUCUCCCCUAGGCAGCUGUUGGUUAAUUAAAGAAAACGCAGGAGCCCCAGGCCCUCAUGUAAAGACUGUCAGUCCUUUGAUAACAUGUUUUCAGACUGACUGGAAUUUGACAGACAUAAACAAAUAUUAAAUUCAGACUACAACCAUGUCUUCCCAAAGAAUAUCUUGCCAAAUCCCCUUUUUUUUGCCAAGAAAGCAUGGAGAGUCUCCUCUUAUGUCAGAGAUUUGGCAUGCAGAUGUCUGCCAAUACCCAGAGAACCUAAACUUAAUGAAGAUACAGAAACAGUGUUUGUCUACCUGAGUUUCAAGAAGUACACUCGAAAGUUUCUUUUGUUCCUCUUGUGGGAGCAGGAAUGGAGGGCAUUUUGCUUUGGGACGGCAUUCUUAAGAGUGUCCCACACUGUAUGCACCUCAGCCCAUCCUCAUGAACCUCAAGAAAGGUUCUGUUUUCAAAACUAAAAAGCACU